UAGGAGGCAUUCCCUAUACUUUUUUACUACGUAUAUCUAUGACUGUCAUUGUCAGAUGAAAAAAACAAAUGUGAGUGGAGUGGUGAAUUGGUGAUAUGUGGAAAAAUAUGGCUAAGGCCAAAAGUUGAAUUAAAAUCAAAUAAAAAUAAUUGAGCCAAUCAGUGUGGAUAACAGUGUCUUAGCUUUUGCACUAUGACCCAUGUAGAAAAACGUCAGCCAAGGCCUGGAAGGGAGGCAAUACAUUCUGGUCAUUUUAUGGUGUCGCAUUUUGAAGCAGAAGCCCAGGAUGAGUUUGACGAUUUAGCAGUCCCUGUACCAGAUGAGGAACAAAAUGUUCAGAAAGUUACGACCGUUGCCACUUACACGGUGCCCAGUUUCAAGGAACCUUUUCCGACUUUCGAUUUACAUGAAAGUAAACAACAACUUUCAAUUGAGAUAUCUCUCACUAAGUUAUUCAAAUGUAUGACCUUAGCGUACAGACAAAAACUAACAUCACCAAAAUGGAAUCGUUUCAAAGGUAUAAAGCUACGCUGGAAGGACAAGAUCAGAUUGAACAAUGUUAUAUGGAGGUGCUGGCAUAUGCAAUUUAUAAAGAAACAAAAUACUUUGGUGUGUCAAUUCGCGUCACCAUUAGAUGUGGACACACACGUGAAACCCGAGACAACGAUUUUAGAAGGUAAAUAUUGGAAAAGAAGAGCAGAAGCAGUAAUAGCAGAAUAUAAAAAAUGGCGAAUGUUUCAUAUAAUGCGCCUCUUUGGCAAGGGGGACACCUCGGUCCAGUACCCAAUAUCGGACAUGGACAUGGACACGGCGGAAUCGUUCUCCCAAUGCAGCGAGCUGGCGGGCAACAUGCUGACCGACGAGGACUACCUCAACUUCAUGAGUGACACCCUGUUCUCUACCAUCACCAGUCAUCAACCCUUUGCCUUUCCCGAUUGCAGAGAGAUUGCAAGAGGUGCAAGUUUGGCAGACUUCAUACAACCCAGCUUAGGUCCACUUCAACCUAACUUGGACGAUUAUAUGGAAUUGGAGCCUUUUCAAGAGCUCCUAUCGACGCCCCGGCUGCCGCCAGUGCCCGAAGAAAGCGCUUUGUCGUCAGAAGAGCCGAUGUACCGCAGCAGCAAUAUGUCGGUGGACUCGUACCCCGCGCAGGGUUUCAUGUCCACCGCACAUGCGCAGGGCACCUCCACCGUCACCAUGCCCUCUAGUCAGAUGACUAUACACGGUGGAAAUAACAAUACUCAAAUGAUGUCAAUGUCAGAGCAGACGGUGAAAAACGAGCAGAUCCGAAUGUACGAUAGCGGACGGAUGUACAACCAAUCAGAUAUGCAGGACAACAUGAUGAAUACUCAGGAAAUGAUGCCUUACCAGCAAACCUCGUAUGGGAAUUCUGCGCAGGAAGCCUCGCUCGCUGGCGUGUAUAUGGGCAAGCGCAUGCAGUAUGUCAAUACGCCUAAAAUUGUAACGCAGGAUGGUUGCUACCCUAAAUAUAGUAAUGCGGCCACAGCGGUGCCGCCAUCGCAGACGGCGCCGGAGACGGUGUCGCUGCUGCAGCAGCCGUCGCACAACAAGUACGCGGCCACCAUCGUGAUGUCCGGCCGCGGCGGCUUCGCGAGAGAGAAGACCAGGACCAGGCUCGCGCACUACCAGUACCAGUACCUGAGUCCCGAUCAGCCGCCUAGCUACGAGCCCAGGCCAGCGCAGCGGGCGCCGCCGCCCAUGCAGUACCUACCCACGCCCGUGGACUCGUACAAGGCGAAGACCUCCAGUGCCCCCUCGCGCUCCUUCAAGAUGCCCUCACCCCCGCUCGCGCCCUCUACUUCCCAACAGCAGGUCAGUGUAGCGUCUUCAGGCACCGCGUCGGUGGUGACGUUGCGCGGGAAGCAGGAGCAGUUCCGGUCGCACAGCUUGCCGCUGGGCGCGCAGCUCAACCCUGAUUGGUCGGUGAGUGCGCCGCCCGCCCCGCCCCCGGCGCCCGCCCCCGCCGACACCGCCAGCCACUCCGCUAGGGCGCGUGAGUCGCACCCGUCGGCGCUGCGCAUGCGCUCGCGGUCGACGUCGAGCGGCGCGCUGGGCGACGGCAGCAGCGGCCGCCGCCCGCCGCCGCUCAACAGCGUCGCCUCCGAGCCCAGUCUGCCGCAGGCCAGCGUCAUGCUGGCACAGCUUCUCUCCGCGCAGCUGCCGUCGAGCACGAGCCCGAGCCCGAGCAAAGCCGCGAGCGAGGAGCGCGCGGAGGCGCGCCACGCGCAGCCCUCGCCCAUCGGCAGCGACGUCAUGUCUCCGCACCACUCGCUGUCGCCGCCGCUGUCGCCGACGUCGGAGCGCGCGGCGUCGCCGAGCGCGCGGCGCACGCACCUGCACGCGGAACAGAAGCGCCGCUACAACAUCAAGAACGGCUUCGACACGCUGCAGGCGCUCAUACCGCAUCUCAACGCCAAUCCCGCCGCCAAGAUAAGCAAAGCGGCCAUGUUACAAAAAGGAGCAGAAUAUAUCAAACAGUUAAAAGCAGAGAGAAAUCAAAUCAAAGAGGAGAUGGAAAGUCUACGGCAGCAAAUCGAAUAUCUAAAUAAUUCAAUCUCCAACUGCCACUCGCUGCUGCCGGCCACGGGCGCGCCGGUGUCGCGCGCGCGCGCCGGCCGCCUGCGCGAGAUGUUUGCGCGUCACGUGGCCGCGCGCACGCUCGACAACUGGAAGUACUGGCUCUUCAGCAUAGUGGCCGCGGCGCUGGUGGAGUCGUUUAGUUCGUGUGUGUCGUGCGGCAGCGGCGCCGACCUCGUGCGCACCACGCUGCUGUGGGCCGAGCAGCACUGCUCACUCGUUGAGAUGAGACCCGCUGUACUAAACUCGCUGCGAGUGCUGUGCACGAAGACGGACAUCCUGACGAACCCGGAGCGGCUGCCGGAGGAGGCCCGCGCGGCCGUCGCCGGCAGCGCCGGCGUCAAGACAGAGCCCACCUAACCUACCCCAGCCUCCGCCGGUAUCCGACAUCCUCACUUUACCAGGACCCCCACGAGGGGCCCAUUCACGGUCUGCUUUACCGUAUUGUAAAAACAGGUCUGCAGCACAGUGUGUUGCAGUAACUAUAAGUGUGUGCGAGCUAUCCUUCUUCGUCGAAACUUGCACGGCAAAGUUCUAUGCAGUGUGAAUGGGCCCCUUUAGGGGCAGUUCAGAGCCGCCCAACAUCGCUUCCAGACCAUCUCACUUUAUUUAAGCAGUGAAACAGAUUUCUAGUCGACUUACAGCCAGCGGUUCUCAAUGAGGUGCAUUUAGUUGUAUAUUUAUAAUUUGGGCAGAUAAAAUCUAAUUUUUAUUUGUAGCAGCCUCACACCUGUCAAGCCCGUUCUGAAAUAGAUUAUGCUAAAGGCUGACAUUAAGGGUAUAUGAUGAGAAAAUUACAACUAUCACACGGUUACAUACCGCCUAGUUCCAGCCUUAAUUUCUAGAAUUUUCACUAUUAUAUAUAGGCUCUAUCACUUUACCUUUUCAACACUAUUAUUACUACAGCAGUUUUUUCUUCAAGAUAUUUUUUUUAUGUUACUUUUGAUGCCACCAAGCAUCAAUCUUAGGUAUGGAUCCCAUAUAAUUCUCGUGGCAAGUCACGGUGAGAGCGAGACAUCAAAUCAGACAUCACAAAUACUCAUGUUUCGGUCAUUGGGACUUACUUAACUUUAUAGAAGGAUAGAACAUAACAUAUAAAAAUAGCUUCAUGCUAAAUAUUUUAUGCCUUAAUAUCAUUUUUACUUUUAAUUUUCUUCCUAUACUCGAAAUCGCCAUGUAAAAUUUCAUCAUUAUUAUUUGUAAUAGAAUAUUAUAUAGAACUGUAGCCCAAAAUCAAAUAAUUUUAAAACUAAAUGAAAUUUCAUGUAGAACUGAAUAGCUAUAUUACUUAGGUGACUAUGUUUUAUAUUAUAUUAUUGAAAUCUCGCCUAUGCCAGGGCAUCCUAAACUUAUUUGUACUGAGACUCCCUUGGGUCUUUGCCAUUUUAUUACGAAGCCUCUCAACGCAGUCCCCAAAAAUACCAUUUUUAGGUAUGAGACUAGUAACAGGUUAUUAGGAAGACACGAAUUGGACAUUUAUAUUUUUUUAUUAAAUGAGAACAAAUUCAAAAUGUGAGCAUAAAUAUAAAAAUAGAUAUUUUCUAACUGGCUGCUAAUGAGAUGGAUGUACUUGUUUAAAAAUUGCCAUUAUCAUUUGUUUGGGGUACAAACAAACGGGUCACUCUUGUUUGUCUGGACCCCUGCGUCGCGACGCACAGUUAGGGGAUCACUGGUCUAGGCUAUAACGAAUCAUUUCAAAAAUUACAAUGUUUUAUGUAUGGAUCGGUGGUGAUGGAAAAAAGUCCUGUAUAUGGUACCGGCAAAGAGGCAUAUCCUAGAUUUAGACCCUCGGAUAAGAUAAAAUAAAUGUUAUAUGGAUGUGACAGAAUCGUAUAUUGUAUUGAAUGUAUAAUUUACUGUACGAUAGAUUUAAUUAAUAUGUUUGUUCUGUUACAUCCAGAUUAUGUUAAAAAAUACCUCAUUUAAUUGUCAAUUCUGAUGCCAUGUGAAAUGAAACUCGGCUGAUGUUUUACAAACUGCGCGCUGAUAUAUGGUACAACAUGAACAUGUUUUACUGACAAUUGAGUAAUCAUAUAGAGUGACCGCUCUUUCGGUUACAGGGUUUUACAGUAAAUACUAAUAUAUAUAUAUAUAUAUAUAUAUGUUAAAUAAAAUGAGAGUCCUAAAUUAUACAUGUAUGUGUAGCGGUACUUAAGUAUUAUAUUGUCAGACUGUAUCACUUAUUUGAGAAACCAGUCGAGGAUCACAUGUACAUUAUUGAAUUUGUUCGAGAAUUUUGUUGUGCAACUUGUUGGUGUUCACUUUUGAUUAAUAAAUCUAAAUUCAAAAACGCACAAUAUUCCGUAUCCUAAAAUGGCAGCUGUAUGCCCAUGAGACUUAAAGAUCUAUAUAUUAUGAUAAUAUACUGUAAAAAGUACAAAACUACGAUAAUUUAGAGAAUUACUUAUAUAAAAAGACGAAUUUGAAAAAAAUCUUAUGGAUGUUCGAGUAAUGUGUACUAUGUAUGCAAUAUAUGUGGCCUGUGGAGUGCCUUUGUACACUUAUAAAAUAUAUAUUUCUUGUCUUCAAAAUAAUUGAAGUAAUGCCUACUUAUAUUUACCAAAGAUUUUGUCAGCAUCAAUUUGUUACGGACCGUCGGCUCACGCACGUGUGAUAAUAAUAUUGUGUGGAGCAUUGAGGUGAAACGCUUCCGCCCGUCCCUUCCCACUUCAUGUGAAUACCAAUAUAGUGGUUAAGAAAUAAUUCAGCGUGUUGAGAUUUCAUUAAAAUUACGUAUUUUUUAAGUAAAUUGACGUAAGUACUAGGAGUAAAUAUUUUUAUAUGAUUUGUGUUGCUACACAAAUGUUUUUUAUAUUACUAUAUAAAUUGGUGCCAACGUAAAUAUUGUUGUAAUUGUUAUGUAGUGAUAUAAUUUUAUAAUAUAUCGUUGACUCUGGUAGCACUUUGUCUGUUUGUAGCGCCGCCAGCGCCGCAGUGUGAGCUUUAAACGAAUUAUGUGCAAUUGUUGUUCUAUUGGAAAUAUAAAUUUAAAAAUAUA